UUAAGCAUGCAAAGCUAGCAUUUCCUGUGGUGCUUCUGAAUUUCAGGAGGAUUUAUGUGUAGUUUUAGUUCAAACAUGAGAGUGGACUUGUUCAUUAACCACCUGUGCAAGAAGCAAAAACUGCAUCAAUUAUAAAGUCAUGUGACAAACCUUUUAUGAAUCUUUAAUCCAGGUUUUGAAUGAGAAGAAACAGCAGAGUGAUAUAUUGCUGCCAACUCCAGUGUGACUGUUGUUCCGUUUUUUGCGCAGUAGUUCUGACACACAUCAGAUUACUACCUUUCUUGUUACUACUCUGAAGUCCUAGAUCAGCAAGAAACAUCAUCUUCUUUUUGCGUCUACGUAACCGAAGAAGAUCUACAGCCCUGAAGAGAAGGAGCACACUCUCACUUGCGGUGGGAGAUCAGCCUGAGUCUGAAGAGAUGCAGCACACUGUCACUCAUGGUGGAAGAUCAGCAUGAAUCUGAAGAGAUACAGCAGAGUUCUACUCUUGGUGGGAGAUCAGCGUGAAUCUGAAGACAGGCAGCUGUGGGAGAUCUGAAUCUGACGAGGCUGUGGCUAUGAAAUCAACAUUACCUAUAAUGUACAUAGUUAGUGUCCUGAUUGUCAUAUCAUGUUUGGUCUACUUCAUUAUUUAUUGGAAUUCAUUCUCAGUGUCACUGGAACACAAUCCUAUACCUGAAGCAGUCAAAUAUGCAAUUAAAAUAUAUUGGGAGAAAAAUAAAUUUGGUGUAUUUCGAAAGGUCAAUCAGUGUCAUAGGCGGAACAAGGGUCUCUCAGAACUGAUGUGUGAGUUAAAGUGCAGAGUACCCCUGAGCACAUUGAAAUUGGGAGACAGGCCUUUCUCUGGUGAGCGGUGGGAGAGUUCCCUACCUAUUCAGAGUCUACAGGUCACACUGGGGGCCCUAAAAACAUGUGCUGUCGUAAUGUCUGCGGGGGCCAUAAAAGGAUCUUCACUAGGUGCUGAGAUUGAUUCCCAUGAUGCUGUGCUUCGCUUUAAUUCAGCUCCAACAGAAGGUUACACAAAGGAUGUUGGGACAAAAACCACUUUACGCCUUGUAAACUCCCAGCUUAUAAUGUCUGAGAAGGCAGACUUUCUCAACGAUCCUCAGUACAGCACAGGUGUGCUGAUCAUGUGGGACCCAGCUCCUUACUCCAGAAAUCUGGACGAGUGGUACAAAAAACCUGAUUUUAACUUCCAUGAGCGGUAUCAUGAGUACCGCAGACUCCACCCUGAGCAACCCUUCUACAUCCUUAGCCCCUCUAUGCAGUGGGACUUGUGGGAUGUGAUUCAGGAAAACUCCCCUAUUGACAUCCAGCCCAACCCCCCUUCCUCUGGCAUGCUGGGCAUCAUUGUGAUGAUGAACCUGUGUCAGCAAAUCAGCGUGUAUGAGUUCCUCUCCUCCUCGAGGAAGACAGCGCUGUGUCACUACUAUGAAGAGGAGUACAACUGGCAAUGCACAACGGGUCACUACCAUCCAUUAAUAUUUGAAAAGAGGCUGGUCCAACAUAUGAAUCGGGGGAGCAAGUUUGAUCUUGUAACAUUUGGGAAAGUCACUCUUGACGGAUAUUCACUGCACACUUGUUGACAGAUAUAGCUCCUUUCCUGUUCUAGUGGAGAUAAUCCAGUCUCAAAUUGCAGGUUAUUUCGCCAUCUAUACUCAUGCAGAAUUAACAGAGCGAUAGUAGCUGUUAGGAUAACUUGAACUGCAAGUGGGAAAAAAUCUGGAAUAAUGCAAUCCCAUGGCUCCAUCUAGUGACCAAGUGAUAUGCAAAAAGUUUAGAUAUAUCAGAAACGCUUACCUCAUAGGUUUAUGAUUCCAUAAACUGACUAAACACAUUUUCAAGCAGUCAUCACCCAACUCAGCAUUAAUGGGCAGUUUUUGAGCACAGGUCAGCUGCAGGCUGGAUGAUUUUGGAUGGUGAAUCACUCUCAACUCAGCAGUGACAGUGAUGCAACAAAACUCCAGAAAUCACACCAUGCCUGACAGAAUCAGUGCAACCCCUAGCACCAACAACAUCACUGUCACUGCUGUUAAAAACGCACCGCGACUCACAUGCCAUGCAGUCAACAGAAGUCAAAUAAGUAGAAGUUGACCAUUCAUGAACAGCAUAGAUAGUGACUGAUGAACUGUGCAUGAUUUUAGAUGUGCUUCCUCAUAUAACUGUAUCAAUGCAAAAUGUCCUUAAAUGUAAGUGUACCAGUGACCUUGGCAAUGAACAUAGUGUAACGCUGAGCGGUAAGGAGGCGGACGCAUGUGUGAAGAAGAGCGAGAUUUAAUAGGGGCAAAUCCAGAAUCAG